CACAACUUUCUAAUAAGACAGACUUCCUUUCCUCCCUUACUUCCUUAAACGCAAGUGCUGAAAGGAGAAUUCAGUAGAAAAAACUCCGUCACUAACCAAAAAGCACUAUCAGAAAAGUGUAAGUGAAGAUUUACUAAGAAUUUUAACUCCUACACUGUAAAACCCCAGAGAAGAACAUGAAUUUUUCACUUGCUGAAAAUGAAACUGGAAAAAACUCCACAGAAAUGCCUGUUACUUACUGUGAUACGGAAGAGAAAUCACUAUCUUUAACUCUACUAUUUUCAUAUUCGGUCAUUUUUGUAAUUGGAUUGGUUGGCAAUAUUACUGCCCUGUAUGUUUUUCUGGGCAUUCCUUGCAAGAAGAACUCUAUCCAUGUUUAUUUGCUUAAUGUUGCCAUCGCAGAUCUCUUACUGAUAUUUUGUCUCCCUUUCCGAAUAUUCUAUCACAUAGCCCAGAACAAGUGGCUGUUGGGCUUGUUAUUUUGCAAGAUUGUAGGAAACUUAUUUUAUAUGAACAUGUACAUCAGCAUUGUACUACUAGGGCUUAUUAGUUGGGACCGUUAUGUAAAAAUUAACAAAUCUAUACCACGCGCUAGAGUGUUAACAGCAAGACAAAGCGUAUAUUUGUGUUGUACGCUGUGGACAGUUGCAAUAAUGGGAUUUAUACUGAUGGUUGUUCAGUCUACCAGGAAUGAAGAUAAAUAUUCAUCAAAAUGUUUCCAUUACAGAGAGAAGCAAAACGCAAAAAUGGAAGCAGGUGUUAAUUAUAUUCUUGUUAUAAUAUUUUGGAUUGUUUCCAUCCUACUGAUUCUGUCGUAUGUUAAAAUUGCAAACAAUCUUCUGAAAAUUUCCAAGAAGAGAACAAGUUUUCCUAAUACUAGAACAUAUGUUGCCAUUGCAAGGAAAUCUUUCAUAGUACUUAUCAUUUUCACAUUAUGCUUUGUUCCUUAUCAUAUAUUCAGAUUUAUUUAUAUCACUUCACAACUACAAAAAACUUCUUGUUACUGGAAACAGAUCAUUCACAAAUACAAUGAGAUCACAUUAGUCUUCUCAUCAUUUAACAGCUGCUUAGAUCCAGUUAUGUAUUUCUUCAUGUCCAGAAGUGUCCGGAAAACUGUACUUCAACUGAUUUGUAAGCGACUUCAUGUGGAUUCAAGUGUGAAUGAGAGUACUUCAGAGACAAAACAAGGACAUUCUUUUCAAGAUAACUCAGAAAUCCCAAGUCACCAUUCCAGAAUGCAUCUUAAUAAGAUUAACAAUUAACAUAUAUUUCUGCUCAGAAGUAACUUCCAUUUGAGUUCAGUGAGUGAAUAGGAUUGUAGCUUAAAGUUAACAAAUCCUGUCAACAGAGAUAACAUUUUUGCAUGGUCUUAGUUUUAGUUACUCUCAUGCAGAACUUCCUUAAGAAUUUGCUUUGGUUAUCACAUAUAUAAUUUUGUAAUAGCUAAGACUUUUAAAUUUAAGAGUAAGGUUUCUGAGAUGAAAAAGUAGUAAUAGCUGUAGAUGCAGUAGACUUUUGAAAAGGUGUGUGUGUAAAGUAUAUUAGAAGCAGAAAGUAAUCUCCGCAGAAGACUCUUGUGUAUGUAAUGAUGUUUGCUAGCAUUAAUUCUCAAUAACAUUUUACAACUGUACUGCAGACUUACAUUAAUUAAAACUAUUUGUGUCAAUGGAUUCCAAACUAUACUGUAUACAUGCAGACAAGUAUCUCAAAUAUUACAAAACAAGUUUAGUGUGUUCACUCGUUUCUUUUCAUUUUAACAUAAAACACAUAUAAAAUAAAAAAUACCUUAUAAAGCAGGAAGAAAAUAAUAAUAAGAAUCUAGCGGAGUAAAUAUGCUUAGAAUUACACUGCACAUGUAACCAAGGGUUACAAAAGUCAGAAAAUGUAGAAUGAAUUGUUAACCAUGAAUCCUUAACAAUGAAAUUGAAAUAGAGCAGGUAAAAAUUCUAUAUUGCACUUUCCUGAUUAUGGCUACUAACCCGUUGCUGACACUACUGAAUUAGAAAUGAUUGGAAAGCACUCUGUAUUGCCAAGUGUGGGUGCCAAGCAGGAGAUGGCAGAGGAUCCUUUCACAGCCAUGUUUAAAAGGGGCAGUGGCAUGUGCAGGUUGCCAUGCAAGAAUGAAAGGGCUACAUUUGCUGAAACUCCAGCACUGUCAGUCUUUGCAUUUUGAUUACCUUAAAGAAGAAAUAUUCUCUAAUGAAAUAUGCAGACAUCCCACACUUAAUAUUUGUCUUCUAGCUGGUUAUUCCUACAUUAUACGUACCUCGCAUAUAGUAGAACCCUAAAACACAUCUCUGUGUUUUGAUAAUAUUAAAAUAAAAUGAGAAAAAUUGUAGUACCUUGUGAGUGGGUUUGGGCAUUCUAAGCCCCUGCAAGUGGUUAAAAUCCCACUGUGGUGUUCCUGAAUAGAAAAGGGUCAGAUACUGUAUCUGGUUCCUCUGAUCGCAACUGAAUAACACUAUCAGCAACUGACUGCUUGCUUCUGCAUUUGUUUUUGUAAGCCACAGUCUAAAUUAGCAACCCAAAUUUCCUGAGCCACAAUAAUUUAAACGAUUGUUGCAUGUAUUAUGGAUACAGUAAUGUUUUUAUCGGUCUGCUUGUAACAUGCAUGGCAAAGUUCACUUUCUAUCAGGCUUCUAUACAGUAUGUCUAGAAGAUGGCCGUAAAUAGGUGAAAUGGUGGCUCCAACAUCACAACUUGUGUUGGGGUCUUUGCCCGUAACUGGAUCCAUUGCUGGCAAAAUUAUACAAUGAAGAACCCUGGCCAUGUCACCAUGGAGGUACAGCACUGGGCAGCCACAGUCUUUCAGUCAAAAAGGACUAAGCGAACCUGAGACAAAGCUGUUAUCCAGGAAGGGGGGGUAGAAGAUGUUUCAUGUUGCAGAAGUUAAGCAGAAUAGGUUUGCUUAGCCCUAGCCUGCCAUAAUUCAGAAGUUGCUUUAUCUGUAGCAAUCAGAGACACUGUUUAGUCUUUGGGCCUAUAAGCCUCAAAGUUCCAGUUCUAAAUAACAACAUACAUGCAGGAAGUAAGUGUUCCCAUCCUAAACCAUGCCUUUGCCAAUGUUAUUUAUUUAUUUGGCUUUGAGUAAGAACCAAAGCUAAAGAAAUACCUACUAUUUUACUUACUACAUUGCCUCUAAAAGGUUUAAAAUUAGUGCUUAGGUGGCGCUGUGGGUUAAACCACAGAGUCUAGGGCUUGCUGAUCAGAAGGUCGGCGGUUCGAAUCCCUGCAACGGGGUGAGCUCCUGCUGCUCGGUCCCAGCUCCUGCCCACCUAGCAGUUCGAAAGCACAUCAAAGUGCAAGUAGAUAAAUAGGGACCGCUCCAGCGGGAAGGUAAACGGUGUUUCUGUGUGCUG